GCGUAAGUUGUUGGCGACGCCGCCAUCUUGGCCUGAGUCUGAUUCCCGAGUGUUUCUCUGUUUCCCGCCUCCCCCUCACCUCUCUGUCUGUCUAUCGGCAGGGUCGGAGGUAGAGGUAGGGGUAGGGGUCGGGGUGGGCUGAAUAAAAAGUCCCCACCCCCGCCCCUUCCCCCCCUUCCUGCGACAGGAGAAUGUCCGCCUUCUCUGAGUCAGCUCUGGAAAAGAAGCUGGCGGAGCUGAGCAACUCGCAGCAGAGCGUGCAGACGCUGUCCUUGUGGCUGAUCCACCACCGCAAGCACUCCAAGACCAUCGUGCUGGUGUGGCACCGGGAGCUCAAGAAAGCUAAACCAAGUAGAAAGCUGACCUUUCUUUAUCUGGCGAAUGAUGUGAUCCAGAACAGUAAGAAAAAGGGACCAGAAUUUACCAAGGACUUUGCUCCAGUUUUGGUGGAUGCAUUUUCACAUGUUUCAAGUGAAUCUGAUGAGAAUUGUAAGAAGCACUUGGAAAGAGUGUUAGCUAUUUGGCAAGAGAGGAUGGUUUAUGAAAACAACUUCAUCGAUCAGCUUAAGCAAAUUCUUUUAACAGAGAAAAAGGCCAAGAAACGUACCUUUGAACAGAUACAGGAGGAAGAUGAUGAUGACUAUCUUUCAAACAGCACUCCCAAAGAACCACCAGAGACUGAGGAUCUAAUUAAGUCAUUGCAAGAGCUGGAAAAUGCAGCUUCUGGUGAUGCAGCCGUUCGACAGAAGAUUGCAUCAUUGCCACCAGAAGUUCAAGAUGUUUCUUUGUUAGAUAAAAUAACAGACAAAGAGUCUGCAGACAGACUUUCAAAAACUGUGGAUGAGGCCUGCAUGCUCUUGGCAGACUACAAUGGCAGACUGGCUGCAGAACUGGAAGAUCGCAAACAGUUAGCACGUAUGCUGGCUGAUUACAUCCGUAGUCAAAACGAAAUCCUAGCAGAGAAGGAACGUAAACUGGAAGAGUACAAGCACAAACUGGCCAAGGUCACUCAAGUGCGAAAAGAGCUCAAGUCCCACAUCCAGAGCUUACCAGAUCUUUCUCAGCUUCCAAAUGUGACUGGUGGCUUGGCCCCAUUGCCCUCUGCAGGGGAUCUUUUCUCCACUGAUUGAUCUGGCGGACUAUUCUGCUGAAAAGACUUGUUAAAAGGACAGGAAGGGAGGAGUGCACAAUUUACAGAGCCCCUCUCUACCCCCCACAUUGUUGUAAAAGGUCAGAAGCUUAUUUUGCUGUAGUGAUACAGUGCUAGCAAAUGUGAACUAAAUUAAGACAUUUAUAAAAAAGGAAAACCUACUCUUUGCAUACAGGAGACAGACCUGUUUGCUGUUAUUCCAAUUUGCAGCUGUUUAUUUGAUGAGUUAGUGGAUGUCAGAGAAUUGUGUUUGAAAACAAUUGCAGUAUUUAAGUCAUUUGACAGACUUGUAUUUGAUUUGAAUGAGUGGGACCAUAUUGUUAAUACAGAGGGUAGGCUGGUUAGCAUGUAGAUGCCCUGAAAGCAUGGCUCGAAAGUUGCUAAUAGUUAAUAAACAUCACUGACAUUUGUAGCUCAUUUCAUAGAAGCAGCAGCCAAGUAUGUUCAGGAAUACACAUUAAGCAGCUGUUAAGCUUUGUUAUUGAAUGUUUUUUUUUGUUUCACAUUAUGACAUUCACCUAGCAGUUAUUGACUACUCUAUUGUCAAAUAAAAUACAGAAAUUCAAUCUGGUUUCCACUAGUUGAGACCUGAGCCAAGUACAGGAGCUAUGCUAAUCAAAUGCAGAGCAGCAAUGUAGACAUCAGUAAAAGGCAUGCACCAUCCUGAACGCAAUACCACUAAAUGUAUCAAAGCCCAUUCAAUGUUCGAUAUUGUAGGUCAGACUGCACUGCAUGCUGCUUCCUGAAUUUAGUUGGAACAGGUGAGCUUUGCUACUACGUAUCAAAUGUGAAAAUAGUCAAGCGCUACUGGAGAGUGGAAUAUGGACACAACUGAAUUUUAUUGAAUGUCAUGAACCAGAAUUUCAGCUAACAACGCCAGUGUGUUGUGUGAAACCUUAAUUUGCUCCUUCCCAAUAGUUGGUUUAAGCAAAUGUAAUGAAGUUACGUUCUUAAAAGUUGCUUUUAUUUUUUUUAAUGUGAUCAGUAUGUGAGAAAAAAGGAAUUCACAAGAAACACGAGUGACGUGUAAAUGUGACAUUAUGAAUCCUGAAGUAGUAUAGUGUGUGAAAUUGGCAGUUUGCUUUUCUUUUUUGUUUACUUUAAGGGUCAUGACACUGUCUGGGAAUAUAAAUGAUUUUCAGUAUAAAUUACUCAGCCCAGAAAGAUUGUUCGCGAAAUAUCUUCCCACCUGAGAGGAAAGGUUUCAGUUUCACAGGUCAGGUAGCAGCCUAUUGUUCAACCUGAAGGCUGGAAUGUAUUUGCUCACAUUACAUAUACAGCUUCUGUUAAAUGGGAUGAGGGUGGAGCCUGAAAUUAGGGAUAAUGAUGCUGAAAUUUAAGCUUUAAAAAGUACUCCAGACCUUAAAGAGCAAUCUAUCUGAGACAAGUACUUUAAAUUGAAAACAUUUCCCCACCUGUAUUUGGGUGUUGAAAUUCCACUGUGGGAUAAUAAAUGAAUGCAUAACAUGUUCUAAUUUCCUGUGGCUAGUUUUCAAAGUGUCAAGUGUCCAGUUGGAUCAUGACGGGAGGAAAUUCACCAUCACGUCAUUAUAAUCCCACAUAUUACUGUAAUUUGUCACCCUCUAAACUAUCACACACAGCAUUCAAUUUGUAAAAUAUUUGUAUAUAUGCACAUUAGAUAAUUAUAGUCUUUCCAGAUUUGGUGUUAUAAACAUCUGUUACAGGUCCUGUAAAAAUUGUGCUUUAACCUUCUGUAAGCUGAACUUUUUUGCAUUGCUCAAAUAUAUAGGUAUGUUGUGAAGUAUAAUUCUUCAGACUUUUCUAAUCUGACUUAUUUCUGAUGGAAGCAUAAACAAAGUGUGUAUGUGUUUACCUUUCAACCAAGAAAUGUGCACAUGAAGAAAUCUCUAAUAGAAAAGGAGACAAAAAUGCAUAAAAGAAACAAGGUUGCGACUGUUCAAGUGUCUUGCCCUGGCCUAGGAGGAGAAACAUUUAGAUCUGGCUGUUGAAUUUGGUUCCAGUUUUUCCAGUAUUUUGUCUUCUACAUUUCAUUAAGGUUUCUCUACUAGUGCAUUUCCAUACAUUUCAAACUGUUCUGCGAUGUAUAAUAUUUAUAGAAU